UCGUACUCUUACAUGUGUUAGCCUGAACCCAGCGUUCUUGUAUACUAUGGACGCUGACCGCGUUGCAUGAUUUCCGGAAGCGACCGACGACGGGAAAUCAGUCCAAUCCUAAGCGAAGCGCCAACCCGCGGUGCAAUUCCACAUAGCUUCAUUGUGGUCUACACAGACCCGCGCUUGCUGAAAGUCGGUUGGGUGGCUUAUUCACCAUAGGCGACACGUGAUUCCUUUCUACCGGAAAGCCCCUGCGCCGCACCAGACGAAGAGACUGGUGAAGCCCUCUCACAGGCUGCAAUAAAACAGUCUAUCACCACUGCCUAGAAUGUCGGGCUUCAUUGCGUCCUGCGCACGCGAUGUCCGGGCUCUGGCAUCACCCGACGCAUGGGGGUUCUCCCCGACAGAGUACCUCGACAUGCUGCUUCGGUACCCGCAACUGGUGCGGAAUCGAAUCUUUAAGACGAAGACCGCCGAGCAAAUGGAGAUGGAAGCGGAACAUAAGGGUCCACUAAAACGGACGUUGGGUAAAGUUGGCCUGACAUGCGUGGGCGUCGGUCUCAUGUUGGGCGCCGGUAUCUUCAUCGCUCCCGGCACCAUCGCCGUCAACUUCACAGGACCUGCGCUCUGCAUCGCCUACCUUGUUGCGUCCGUGAGCGCUUUCCUCUCCUCCUUCUGCUACUCGGAAUUUGCUGUGGACAUGCCGCUUGCGGGCGCUGCAUAUAACUACAUCGCGAGCACGCUCGGAGAGUUUACGGCGUGGGUCGUGACGUCCAACUUGCUGUUCGAGUAUAUUCUGGCGGAUGCGGCGGUCAUUCGAGGCUUCGCCCCGUACUUUGCCGUACUCAUUGGAAAGGACAGCUCCUACUUCCUGUACGACCACUACAUGCUGGGGGAGUGGUACACCAUGGACUGGUGGGCCUUUGCCCUCACGCUGCUGGUCACGGCCUUCCUGGCGUACGGGGCCAAGGAGUCCACCACGGCCAACACCAUCAUCACCAUCAUCCACGUGCUGGUCAUGGUGUUCAUCAUCAUCGCGGGGUUCUGCAAGGCCGACUCGGCAAACAUCAAGCCCUUCUUCUUCCCCAACCAGCCGGGACAACCGGAAGCUUGGAAACAGAUCUUCAACGGGGCGAGUAUCGCGUUCUUUUCAUUCGUGGGGUUCGACGGUGUCGCAGCGGCGGGCGAGGAGGUCAUUGAUCCCCACAGGAACAUGCCAAUCGGCAUUCUGGGCUCCAUGACGAUCGUGACGGUGAUCUACUUCCUUAUGUGCAUUGUGUUGGUGCUGAUGGUGCCCGUCGGCAUGAUUGACACCGGCGCCUCCUUCGCCUCCGCGUUCGAGUAUGUGGGCCUGGGCUGGGCCAAGCACAUCGUCGCCCUGGGCGCCAUCCUGGGUAUCCUCACGGGCAUUCUAACCGGCAUCUACACACCCGCCCGCAUCCUCACCGGCUGCACCCGUGAGGGCAUGUUGCCGCCGCUCAUGUCGUGGGUCGGACCCAAGCAAACUCCCUGGGUGGCCACAUGGCUCAUCGGCAUCACAGUGGCCGUGAUCGCACUCCUCACGGACUUUGCGAAGCUGGGUGACAUGGUCUCAAUCGGCACACUUGUCGUGUUUUGGUUCGUGGCGAUUGCGCUGCUCUGGCGCCGCAUGCACGUGCCAGGCCAGACCAAGCCCCUCCGCCUUGCCAACCAGCUCCUGCACAUUUUCGCCAUCAUUGGCUUCUCGCUGGGCUUCAUCCUGGUCUGGAAGCUACCCAUCUACAAUGAGAUCGACAGCGUGGUCGGCAAGUGGAAGGGACAGCAGAACGCAUGGCUGCUCGCUUUGGCCAUUUGCUGCCUGCUUACGCCCAUUUCCAUGCACUUCUUCUGCAAGCCGGCCUACAUCCCCGCUGGCUACAAGGUACCCCUCUACCCCUUCGUGCCCUGCGCCUCCGUGUUCGUGAACACCUUCCUGCUCGGCCAGCUGAGCCAGGAGUCGUACGAACGGUUCGGUUGGUGGACGUUGGGAGUAACGGCCUUGUACACUGUGUACGGAAUCUUUGCUGCGCAGCGGAAGGACAACAAGAGCGGCUGCGAGUCGUCGGUCAAGAUUGGUCAGGAGUUUGAGGACGCAUCCGGUCAGCCCGGAGUGGUUGCGAUCACCACCACAAAGGUCUGAAGGAUACGCUAUCCUAGGCGGUGAGGAACUGCCGUUCUUUACCCCCCGAGUGCGUGACCACAACGUACGAUCUGCAAGUACGAUUGGGAUACUCCUACUCGUACGACAGCUGUAGCGGAGCUUGAUAUCAAUAGCGGGCGUUAAAGUGCCGUACUCAUGUUGCCUUCGAGGUCUGUGUCGCUGAGACCGUCGCAGCUGAGGGUAAUAGAAGAUACGUCUAAUACCCUCAGCUGCAACGGUCUCAGCUCAGAUACGUUUCGUAGGGAAGUUUGGAACGCAUGCUGCUUUGCUUGCGUAGUUGUGUCGUGCUGGGUAUAUGAGGGCAGGAGGCGGGGAGCAGGGACAGCACUGUCGGAAGGUUAAUGUGAUAGCGGAGGUUUGUUAUAUCGCGAUGGCGGUUGUGGUGGUUGGGAAUGGCGGUUGUACGAAUGUUAACACAUGUUGGCUAUCGCUGUACUGCUCCGCCUUCUUAGGUCUUCAUCUGUGUUAAGGAAAUAAAAAUUUGAAAAUGCUGAGCGUGAAAAAAAUGCAGAAAGGCUUAAGCCACUUCGUCUCCGUCAUUUCAAUGGCCCGUCCUGCUUGGCUUUUUCUUGGUUUCGCAGUUGAUGGGUGUCGCCAAGUACUUUGAUAUCCCUCGACUAUCGUUGAUGAUUGCUAAAUUGAGCCAGCCAUGGCGGCUUGUACGACGUAAAUUGCUGUACGAGAGUUGAUCGACAUUGCUGUUGUACGGGGCACCGUAUCGGCUCCUCAAUGAGUCCACCUAGAGUGAUGGCGAGAGUGGAAGUGUUGAGAGGAAGGAACUAGUCCUCUUGACGUAAGCGCUGAUUGUUAUUGCGUUGGGUACGGUAAACUAUACAAAGCCUCGGACUCCCGACUCCCGUUUGCCGUGCUUUGCGUGUGCUGUGGGCUUCACUUGCCUGGGGCGCAUGGAUGUGUCGUGAGCCGCUUGUCGACGGCAUUGAGAACUUGUCCGGUGGUGGUCGUACGGGGAACUAAUAUCGAUGCCGUACAGAGGAACAUUGUCGUACUGGCGAUCUCUCUCGUCUCUGGGAGAUGGGCCUAAGUGUGAUUUGCAGGGCAGUUCUAGCCAGUCGCGUGCGCUCAGGACAGCGGCUACAUGUGCG